ACAGUCACCCAAAGUUCCUCUCUAACAUUGGGGCAUCCAAUAAAUGUCUCUUUCCAGUUCACAUCCAGGCAAAUCUGGAGGAUGAGCUGGUGAAGGAGGCUCUCAGAACGGGUGUGGAUCUGCGACACUAUUCGAAGCAGGUGGAGCUGGAGCUGCAGCAGAUUGAGCAGAAAUCGAUCCGGGACUACAUCCAAGAGAGUGAGAACAUAGCAUCUCUGCACAAUCAGAUCACAGCCUGCAAUGCUGUCCUGGAGCGCAUGGAGCAGAUGUUGGGAGCUUUUCAGAGUGACCUCAGCUCCAUCAGCUCUGAGAUCCGGACCCUGCAGGAGCAGUCAGGAGCCAUGAACAUCCGACUUCGUAACCGACAGGCAGUGCGGGGGAGACUUGGGGAACUUGUAGAUGGGCUAGUGGUGCCCUCCACUCUGGUCACAUCAAUUCUGGAAGCUCCAGUGACAGAGGCCAGGUUCCUGGAGCAGCUGCAGGAGCUGGACGCCAAGGCAGCCGCAGUCAGGGAGCAGGAGGCCAGAGGCACAGCUGCCUGUGCAGAUGUCAGAGGCGUGCUGGACCGGCUCCGGGUCAAGGCAGUGACAAAGAUCCGCGAGUUCAUCCUCCAGAAGAUUUAUUCGUUCAGAAAGCCCAUGACCAACUAUCAGAUCCCCCAGACAGCCCUGCUGAAGUACAGGUUUUUCUAUCAGUUCCUGUUGGGCAAGGAGCGAGCAACAGCCAAGGAGAUCAGGGAUGAAUAUGUGGAGACGCUGAGCAAGAUCUACCUGUCUUAUUUCCACUCCUACCUGGGGCGGCUCAUGAAAGUGCAGUACGAGGAAGUUGCUGAGAAAGACCAUCUAAUGGGUGUGGAAGACACAGCAAAGAAAGGAUUCUUCUCGAAGCCGUCCCUCCGAAGCAGGAACACCAUCUUCACCCUGGGGACCCGGGGUGCUGUCAUCUCCCCCACUGAACUCGAGGCCCCCAUCCUGGUGCCCCACACUGCCCAGCGUGGAGAGCAGAGGGCAGGACGAGCCUACCCCUCUGUGGUCGGGGUUGAGUCCCCGCAGUAUCCGUUCGAGGUUCUCUUCCGCAGUCAGCACUACGCCCUCCUCGACAAUUCCUGCCGUGAAUAUCUUUUCAUCUGUGAAUUCUUUGUCGUAUCUGGUCCAGCUGCUCAUGACCUGUUCCAUGCUGUCAUGGGCCGCACACUCGCCAUGACUCUGAAACACCUGGAGUCCUACCUGGCCGACUGCUACGACGCCAUUGCUGUUUUCCUCUGUAUCCACAUCGUUCUCCGAUUCCGCAACAUCGCAGCCAAGAGGGAUGUCCCUGCCCUGGACAGCCCGAGUCACUCAGCUGAUCCGUGGCUUUGGGAGUUCCUGGAAGGCCUCCGUGGAGUCUCUGAGUCAGGAUGUCAUGCCGAGUUUCACCAACUUUCGAAAUGGAACCAGCAUCAUCCAGGGGGCGCUGACCCAGCUGAUCCAGCUCUACCAUCGCUUCCACCGGGUGCUGGCACAGCCACAGCUCCGGGUGCUGCCGGCCAGGGCGGAGCUCAUCAACAUUCAUCACCUCAUGGUGGAGCUCAAGAAACAAGCCCAACUUCUGACUCGGUCCCCAGGGUGGCGGCUCCCAUGCGCUCUGAAUGUCACACACUGACACUGGGACCUGAAGGCUCCCACGGUCUCUGCAUGUCACACUCCGUCCCCUGGGUCCCCUUCCCCUUCCUGUUGUCUCUCAGGCUCCCACACUCCUCACCACAUCCACUGCAGGAUUCUGCCUCAGCAGAGUGUGUGCGAGUCUGCUCCUUCCUGGACAUGGAGGGGACGUUAUCAUUCCUGUCCCUGUCCCUCCUCCCCUGUGUGUUCACACCUGUGAAAGCGCCCACCUCAGUCUCUGAUCGACUCUCAAUCUUAGGACAGGGCAGUGGAGGCCGCCUUCCCUCUCUUGUAGCUUGGUCGUCUGCGGUCUCCACUUGAACACUAACCCAUCACCUCCUGGCUGGGGUUCAGGCUGUCUGUCUGUCUGUCUGUCUGUAGGCAAUAAUAAGCACUUAAUGUACUGUGA